AUGGAAUGCAACUAUGGUGUGGAUUUGGAGGAGUUGUGCCCAGUGUGUGGGGACAAUGUGUCUGGAUAUCACUAUGGUUUGCUAACAUGUGAAAGCUGCAAGGGCUUCUUUAAGAGGACAGUACAGAACAAUAAGCACUAUACCUGCGCAGAGAGCCAGGAAUGUAAAAUUGACAAAACACAGAGAAAACGAUGUCCUUUCUGUCGCUUCCAGAAGUGUCUCACCGUGGGUAUGCGACUCGAAGCAGUUCGAGCAGACAGAAUGCGAGGUGGUCGAAAUAAGUUUGGGCCGAUGUACAAGAGAGACCGGGCCUUAAAGCAGCAGAAAAAAGCUUUAAACCGUGAAAGCAAGCUAAAGAUGGAGCCUUUGCCACCUGUCCUGUCACCUGCACAGACAGACUAUUCACUUAAUAACACAUUGGCCAGCAUGGCAGAUAUUUCUAUCCCUAAAAACAUCCUCCUAAAUAUGCCCUCUUCCACCAUGUCUGCAGAGUAUGAGCAAGGCCUGGACACCACACCUGUCUGCAUGAGUAUGGGUUCCCACAGCCCACUGCCUUCUCAAUAUGCCUACCAAUCUUUGCCUUGUCGUACCAUUAAAUCUGAGUUUCCUGACCACCACGCCAGUAACAGCUCACCUGGCUCGAAUGGGGGACACAUUUAUAUUAAUCAGACUGUAAGCCCACCUACACCUCACACAGGCCUGAAGUUGCCUGCACUGGUUCUGGAGUUUGUGCGCUGUGAACAGGAUGAGCUGCUGGUGAGGAGUAAAAUCAGCACACACCUGGCAUGUCUGCAACAAAACCAGAACUCCAGCAACUUUCAACCACUCUCAACUUUUGGCCUAAUGUGUCACAUCGCAGACCAAACACUAUUCUUCAUUGUGGAGUGGGCACGAAGCUGCAACUUCUUUAAAGAACUCAAGGUGGGGGAUCAAAUGAAGUUACUACAUAGUUGUUGGAGUGAACUGCUGGUACUUGAUUAUAUUUCCAGACAGGUACAUCAUGAUGAACAGGACACUAUAUUGCUUAUUACUGGACAAAAGGUGGAUCUGACUUCUUUACUGACUCAGGCAGGGGCAACCCUGGGUGAGCUGGUGCGAGGGGCACAGCAACUGGCUCUGAGUCUUCAGGAGCUACAGUUAGACUACAGAGAGAUCACCUGUUUUAAGUACCUCAUCUUGUUCAAUCCCGAUGUGAAGCUAUUGGAAAACCAGGAAUAUGUGGAAAAUGUGUAUCAUCGGGUGAGUGGGGCUUUGCUGGAAUACACACUGUGUGUGUAUCCGCAGCAUGUGGACAGAUUCAGUCAGCUGCUGCUGCAACUGCGAGAGCUACGCAUUCUAAGCUCUCAGGCUGAGGAUUACCUGAGUUUUAAACACACAAAUGGAGAAGUACCAUGCACCAAACUGCUUAUCGAGAUGCUGCACGCCAAGAGAGCCUGUGUCUGA